UCCGUCGGGCCAAUUGGAGGAGCCGCCACGCUGCGCAAGCGCACGAUGGAUCGGCGUUGAAGUCCUUGAAAAAUCUAGCCUGUGAAUUGGGCUUUCUGAGACGGUGGGGAUGCUUGCGGCAGUUCGAGGGCUAGCCCGGGUCGGGCUAAGAGCUGCUGGGCGCCCUGCAGUCCUAUUGCAGACCCGGUUUCAAGGAAAAUCUUCUGCUGAAACUAAGCCCACAAUUAGACCCAAGGAUGAAAUAACACAGAAACAGUUGUCUGCCUUUGGAGAAUAUGUUGCUGAAAUUCUGCCUAAAUAUGUUCAACAAGUCCAGAUAACAUGUUUCAGUGAGCUGGAAAUUUUAAUUCAUCCAGAUGGAAUCCUUCCUGUGAUAGCUUUUCUGAAAGAGCACACAAAUGCCCAGUUCAGAAACAUAGUUGACCUGACAGCAGUCGAUAUUCCAAGUCGGCAAUACCGUUUCGAAAUUGUCUACAAUUUCUUAUCUCUACACUAUAAUUCCCGAAUUCGUGUGAAAACAUAUACUGAUGAAUUGACACCGAUUGACUCUAUAACACCAUUGUUUGAAGGGGCAAAUUGGUAUGAAAGAGAGGUGUGGGAUAUGUUUGGAGUAUUCUUUGCCAACCAUCCAGAUCUGAGGCGAAUCCUUACAGAUUACGGUUUUGAAGGCCAUCCUUUCAGGAAAGAUUUUCCCCUUUCUGGAUAUGUGGAGGUCAGGUAUGAUGAUGAGGUGAAGCGAGUGGUCGCAGAGCCACUGGAAUUGUCUCAGGAGUUCCGCAAAUUUGACCUCAACAGUCCUUGGGAGGCUUUCCCUGCCUAUCGCCAGGCUCCCCAAACCUUGAAGAUAGAACCAGGAGAGAAGAAAGGAGAUGGGAAACAACAGUGAGAAGUGGGGGACGGGUACAUUUGCCACCCCUCUGCCGAAUUACUAUUUAUAUAUAAUAAAAAGAAUUAAAACUCA